CGGCCGCCGCGGUCCCCACACACAGUCGCCGCGCCGCCGCCGCCAUGGAGCUGUCCGUCAUCAGCAGCGAGCCGCAGCCCCAGCCGCAGUCGCAGGAGGCAACGCAGGUGGUGCCGGCGCGCAAGAGGGAGCUCAAGAGGGACACCAGCCGCCUGCCCAACGAGGUCUUCACGCGCCUGCCCACCAAGCCGCCCGUCGACAUACGCUUCGACAACGUCGGCUACACCGCGUCGCUCGGCUUUCGCAAAGGCAAGAAAAAGAUCCUACACGAAGUAUGCGGCCGCUUCGUUCCAAAGCAGCUGAUUGCCAUCAUGGGGCCGUCCGGUGCUGGCAAAUCCACGCUCCUCGACAUCCUCUCUGGCUACAGACUGACUGGCGUGACGGGCUCGGUGCUGGUGAACGGCGUGGAGCGACAGCUGGACGAGUUCCGCAGGCUGUCCUGCUACAUCACGCAGGACGACCGGCUGCAGGAGCUGCUCACCGUGCACGAGAACAUGCUCGUCGCCGCGGACCUCAAGCUGGGCGAGGACACCGACCUCAGCGAGAAGGCGCAGAUCGUGGAGGAGACGCUGCGCACACUGGGCCUAUGGGAGGCGCGCAAGACGCUGGCGGGGCGGCUGUCGGGCGGCCAGAAGAAGCGGAUGUCCAUCGCGCUGGAGCUCAUCUGCAACCCGCUCGUCAUGUUCCUCGAUGAGCCAACCACCGGCCUCGACAGCUCCACGUGCGCCCAGGUGGUGUACCUCCUGAAGCUGCUGGCGCGGCAGGGGCGGACGAUCGUGUGCACGAUCCACCAGCCGAGCGCGUCGCUCUUCCAACUGUUCGACCACGUGUACGUGCUGGCGCGCGGCGAGUGCCUCUACCAGGGUUCCGCAGACAACCUGGUGCCAUACCUCUCGGCCGUGCAGCUGCCCUGCCCCAUGUACCACAACCCCGCCGACUACGUGAUCGAACUGGCGUGCGGUGACUACGGCGAGGACAAAAUCGACAGGCUGGUGGAAGGCACCGAGAACGGUCGCACUUUGCAGUGGUUUGCGGAACCUGAGGCCUUGGCCUAUCAGAAACCACCGCGCAGGUCGAGAUCGAAAUCUCUCGGCUUCCAGAAGGUCUCCCGAAAUCUCCAGGAGACUUCGCAGUUGAAUCAACUGAAGGUGCUGCUUCGACGAGGCUUCAUCAAAGUGAAACGAGAUCAGACGCUGACGCACAUGCGGCUGCUGGUGAACAUCCUGACCGGCAUCAUGCUGGGCGUGCUCUUCAUCGAGGCCGGCGACGACGGCGCGCGCGUCCUGGACAACUACAACCUGCUGUUCGGCAUCCUCAUGCACCACAUGAUGACCACCAUGAUGCUCACCAUCCUCACCUUUCCAAUGGAAAUGAAUAUUCUGAAGAAAGAACAUUUUAAUCGGUGGUACUCACUCAAGUCGUAUUACGUGUCCACAACCAUCGUCGAUAUUCCUGUCGCAGUGCUGUGCUGUGCCAUCUUCUCGGUGCUGGUAUACCUCAUGAGCGCGCAGCCGCUAGUGUGGGAGCGAUUCGGAAUGUUCUUCGCCAUCAGCAUGCUCGUCGUCUUCGUCGCGCAAAGCUUUGGUCUCAUGAUCGGCGCCGUCUUCAGCGUUGUGAACGGCACGUUCCUGGGACCGACGCUGUCGGUGCCGAUGAUGAUGUUCGCUGGCUUCGGUGUGACGUUGCGAGAUCUGCCCCCAUACCUGUACUGGGGCUCAUAUAUCAGCUACCUGCGCUACGGGCUCGAGGGCUACGUGACUGCCAUCUACGGCAUGGACCGGCCCAAGCUGGACUGCUCCGUUUUCUACUGCCACUACCGCAUCCCCAGCGUCUUCCUCGAUACCAUCGCCAUGGGCCACACGCCGUUCUGGGUCGACGUCGUCGCACUCUGCGGGAUCCUGUUGGCCCUCAGGGUGGCCGCGUACUUCCUGCUGCGCUGGAAGCUCUACGCCGUCCGGUGAAGAGAACUGCGCAUGCGCCUCACGCCGCCAGCGACGCCGCGACACAUUCGAAAACCAAUCUCAGCCGCCUACGAAGCAACGCUGUUAAUGGUCUUCGGCACUAUCAAAGAUGACACAUGUUGCCUUAAAGCCAACAAUGAUUAACUACUGUUCAAGCGCGUUCGUGUUGCGACCCAUCUGAGUCAAAUUUAAACCCUUAAAUUUCUUUAGCUGCUAUACGUGAAACAAUACCAAAAAUGAAAUCUUGCGCUUCGGACAAUCUCACAUAAGAAAGCCUGUUUUCAAAAAUGUGGCAUAAGACUGUUAUCACUUCGUCACCUCUUCAACAAUGCGCAUCUCUACAACACUAUUUUAAACCAUUUUAUUUUGGUCUUCUACUAUUUAUUACAUCCUUUUGUUCACAUAAGAUGCUCUUAGGAACUGAGGACUUCUCUAAAUGAAAAUGCAAAAAUACUACAAUUUUUUUUUUACUGAGAUCAGUGAUGCAUAGUCAAUUAACUUUCUCUCAUAAUCCAUAAAAUUAACUUUCUCUUGUAAUUCAUAAGUGUAUGCUAGCGGAAGAAUGUACAACUCGAUAUAUUUUGUAUAUGUCGAACAGCUACAUCACUAUCUACUCCGGUCAGAUUUUAAAUGUACCUGAGAAUUCAUCUGUAUAUUUGUGAUGGAGCAUCCAUCAGAAUAGACUGAUAGAAAAGUUUAAAUCAGGAUACUUCUCUGGUAAAUAGCGUCAGUGAGUACUGAAGACAAUAAAACGACGAGGUAUGCGAGAACGUCCCUUUUCCUCUCUUGAAAGUAGUAAGAAACGUCAAGCAAUGCGUUUCGAGAUUAAAACUGAUUAAUGAGCGUAUGUAGUUCGACAUAAUUGUCAAAAUAAAAUGAUGUUAAUCAUUUACACACCCAAAAUCAAUGCAACUAUGUUUAAGAGCAUUACAAAAAAUUCACUGUGUUUUGUUAUUGCCGUUAGAAAAGCAAGAACACGAGAAACUCUUGCAACCACGAUUUUCAGUUGUGUUCUAGGAAUUACAGGAAUAAACUACAAUCACCAGCAAACAUAACUCUAUGAACACUUAUUAACGGUUUUCAUAGCAAACAGUUGGUGUAAUUUGUUAAAUGUGGAAACUUUACUGAAAACAGGCAUUUGAGCAUUCACACAACGUCACUUUAAUGUGGCUGAGUUGUGCACAAAGUUGAAUUCAAAAAGAGCCUGCCAAGACUACUUAAAGUUCAGUGAAUCAUGACAAAUAAUUUUGCUGCUCAGUUUGUGUAGUAUGUCCUGUUAAGUUCUGUAUUUUCAGUUUCCUCGACAUUUAUAUGAAGAUAUUGUGAGACUGACUGCGGUACAAAUCAUUCCUGACGUUCUAAAAUAAACAAGCUGUAAAAUAGUGCGCAAACGCUCUUAAACAAAGAAGCCGGUUUACAUGACAUUAUUUCAUUAAAACUCUCAUAGCAUAGAAAAUCUGAUUUGAAAUAAUUUCCAAAUUAUUUAGGAUUUUUCAAUAAAAACAUAAGAUGGCUAGAUGUCUUGUAAAGAAUCAGAUUUUACAAUCUUGAAAUCUUGUCGUUUGUAGUUUCCUCUUUACUUCGUUUUUGUUAAAAUGAAUUGUGUGAUAAUAUUUUAAGUAAUUUUUUAUGUAUUUAACACUGUGUAAAUAGGAUCCGGGCAGUUCUUUUAUAUCAAAUAAUAACAUGAAAAAGUA